AUGCCUCCCAUCCCAAUUCAUACCGAAAGCCCUAUCACGGCAGAAAAGCCGUCAGGAAUUACUCCCAAGACGGCGCACUCUGACAAUCCAGCGGCAUCAGCUGCAGCACCGGCUAGCAAUGAAGUCCCUACCUCUACGUAUCCAGUAGCUCAGCCAGGAGCCCGUCCGUCCAUGCCAGCUCCAACCGGAGCACCGCAACCACCAAAUAUCCAGCCCACCCCGACCCGGACAGUCGCAGACCCGAGUCCUCCAGCUCCGCAGCCCGGAGCAGUACCGGAGCCGCAAACCGGAUCUUACUUACCACCACCACCUAAAGUCGGUGAGACGCUGCGCGAUACUCAGACGCAGGCUACACCAGUGCAAAUGCCUCCCCAGAUGUCAUAUGCGCCGCUAUCUAGUGGAACGGAGUUCGCCGCCGCUCGCUCGUCGACUAUAACGGCGCCUGGUCCGUCCCCAAUGGCUGGCUUGGGCCCCACGGCCGUGCUGAGCGGAGGCUCCGGCAGCGACUUUUCUCAUCCACCGGGAUACCAUCAGAACGUGCACGCGUCUGAAUUCUCAAGUUCACAGCGUGCAGCACACGAGGCCUCAGUGGCACAGGAGCGCAGACCAUCCUUGAUAGGGGACGACGAAGGCGAAGGAGUCUGGUCGGCUGCCAAGAAGUGGGCAUCGGCUGCUGGCGACAGUCUUGCUGCAGCCGAGAAUGAAGUGUGGAAGAGGAUCAACAAGGAGAAAUAG